AUGCUUAAGACAAGCGCAUUCAGCCACCCUUAUCGUCCUCAUACAUUAAUCUAUAAUUGGCAAGAAGAACGAGCUGAUGUAAAAAAUGAGCGAGUUCAAAAACCACUUCCAUCCCAAUAUGAUAGUUAUUUUUCAACAACAUAUGAAAGUAGUUUUGGAACUAAUCGAGGGGAACCACCUCGACCUGAAGUUCGUAAUCUUCAACUUCCUCGUAGUUAUGCAUUUCCUGGACAUCAACCCGAAUUUGAUUUUCCUGAAAUGAAAGAAUCAGUUAAUACAUAUUUAACUGAAUAUCGUGCUGGUUAUUGUCGUAAUUGUCAACGUGCACUUGCACCUAAUGAUCCAGCAUGGUCAACAACAACAAAAGUUUGUUUGCAUUGUAAAGAUCGUACAUAUACAAUUGAUCCUAAACCUGAACCAUAUACAGUUACCGUUGAUUAUCCUCAAAACCCAGCAGCUAAAGAUCGAUGUCUUGCUUGCAUGGAAAUUAGUACUGGUGUUAAACUAAUUAAAUAA